GUAGAAGACCCUAUGCGAUGGGGAUACACCGGGUUCAGGCUGGCGAACAGCUCGGACUCCUGCUCUGGACGAGUGGAGCUGCAGUACGACAGUAAAUGGGGGAGUGUGUGUGACCAAUACUGGGACCUGAGAGAUGCCAGUGUUCUCUGCCAGCAGCUGGGCUGUGGGAAGGCUGUAGCAGCACCACGACAGGCCUGGUUUGGACAGGGCAGUGGACCAGUAUGGGCUGAUGUGUUUGAGUGCCGGGGCAAUGAGAGCCGUCUCUCACACUGUGCUGUCUCUUCAUGGGGGAGAGCAGUGUGCUUUCAUGGACAGGACACGGGAGUCAUCUGCUCUGAUUCAUCCUUGUCAGCUCUAGAUGGUGGAGUCCAGCUGUCAGGAGGAGAGAGUCACUGUGAUGGCCGGGUGGAGGUUCACUACAACAGCACCUGGGGGAGACUCCUCCAGCACUCCUGGGGCUACAGAGAGGCCUCUGUGGUCUGCAGACAGCUGGGCUGUGGCUCUGUAGUGUAA